GCAAUUUCUAUUAGUAUUUAAAAUAGAAUGUAUUGCACCUAUCAUCCCUAAAAUCAAAUAUAAUAAAUCUGUUUAGCACCUCAUAUUUGUUAAAGGAAACUUUGUGGAGACUGCCAAUAUGAACAUAAUGUGGAUUAAAAAUUAACAGUCCCAAUCUCAAAAUUUAGAUAAUUAGUGACUGAGAAAUUCAAAUAGUGUAAUUUUGGUGGGAAACAUGAUUUAAAAGAUAUGAAAGAUAGCUUAAAAUAAAGACAAUUCAAGUCUGAGAUUGAAUUUAAGAAAAUAUUGGAAUAAAUUAGAUUAUCUUAUGAGAUAUUAGAAAAGUAAGAAGAAUCGUACAUGGAUCUCAUAAAUGAAAAUGAGAACUUUGCAGAAUCAUCUACAACUAGUUUACAAUUUCUAGUCUAAAUAUUAAAUGGCAGCAUUUUGGAUGAAUGGAAAGAUAAAAAACAAAGCUAUUUAUCUAAAAUACAAGAAGCUUUGGAUUAAUUUGAUGCCUAAAUGUAGGCUUAUUGUGAAAAACUUAAAGGAGAAAUCAAAGUGAUUUAGUAGAUAGUUUAGUAACUAUUUAAUUAUUUUAUUAUAGAAUAGAAAAAGAUGAGAUAUUUAAAUGGAAAGAAGCUGUUUAAGAAUGCAAAUGUCGCCAAUGGGAUUAUUAUGGUCAGAAGUUUAUUAACACAAAAUUUCUAAUUAAGUUUACUAAAGAAAAAGAAAUCCAAUAUAUCAGAGACGGUUCCAUCAUUAAAAUGUAAAUACUUUUGAUAAUAAAUCUUAAUAGCCAAAGAGUCAAAAAUAUUUCUAUGUAACCUGAAGUCCUACAAAAUUUAGAGUAAAUUUAAUACCUAAGGUGGUUUGGAAAUUAUGAUUAAAAUCAUUAAAAAGUUGGUAAAUGGAUAGCUACUUGGAGAGGAGAAGGUUUAAAAGAUGUUGGUGGAUAGUACUCUAAUGAUGGGAAAAAAAAAGGUUUAUGGAAAGAACUAUUAGCUGAUUUUUGGAGGUAUAUUAAAUUAUAAUAAAUUAAUAGCAAAACAAAUGCAUAUGAAUUUGGAGAAUAUAUUGAUGGUUAAAGAAGAUAAACCUGGAAAUAUAUUUACAAAGAUCAAGAACUGUAUAAAGAGAUAAAAUUAUUAUAGCUGCGGGGGAGAAUAUAAUGAUCAUGGAUAGAAAAAUGGAAUUUGGAAAGAGUUUUGGGAAGGAUUUUGGGAGAAAUCGUUCGUGAUAAAUAAGGGAGAGUAUAAAAAUGGAAAGAAAAUUGGUAAAUGGGAAAUAUUAUAUAAGCCGGAAGAUGAUAAUUAAUAUAAAAAAAUGUAAGAGAUAUAUAUAAAGUUUUAAUUAGUGGAGGUGGCUAAUAUGAUUUAGAAGGUUCUGAGAUUAAGAUUGGAGAGUGGAAUGAACUCAGAGAGGGAUUUUGGGAUAAAUCCUAAGUAACCUAUUGUGGGGAAUACGAGAAUGGUAAGAAAAUUGGUAAAUGGGAAACUUUUUACAAGUAGUAAAAUAUGUAAAAAUCAAUAUUAUAUCUUUCGUUAGAGGUGGUGGUGAAUAUGAUAAAGGAAAUGAAAUUUAGAUUGGGUAGUGGAUAGAAUUAAGCGAAGGAUUUUGGGAUAAAUCUUAGGUCACUUAUUGUGGGAGUUACUAAAAUGGUAAAAAGGUCGGUAGGUGGCUCACUAAGUAUUAAAAUAAAGAAAUGUAAAUAGUUUGAUAAUUAUUUAGUGGUGGUGGAUCAUAUCAAGAAGGAGGAUCUGGAAUUAAGGUUGGAUAGUGGACUGAAAUAAGACCAGGCUUUUGGGAAAGAUCAUAAGUAACUGAUCAUGGUGAAUAUAAAGUUGGCAAUAAGAUUGGUUAAUGGGAUACUCUUUAUGAAAAUAAAAAAAUGUAUUACAUUACUUAUAUGUAGUGCUGGUGGAAAAUAUGAUGAAAAAGAAAAUGAAUAUAAGAUUGGAUAAUGGGUUGAUCUGAGUGAUGGAUUUUUUGAAGAUUAAUAAGUAACCUAUAGUGGAGAAUAUAAAAACAAUAAAAAGGUUGGUGCAUGGUAGACUUUUUUUCAAAAUAAGAAAAUGUAAACAAACUUAAAUGAAUUUAGCGGUGGCGGAUAAUAUGAUCUACAAGGAGAGGGAUUUAAAGUUGGACAAUGGAUUGAUUUGAAUGAUGCAUUUUAGUAUUACUCAUAAGUAACAUAUAACGGGGAAUAUUAAAAUGGAAAAAAAAUUGGUAGAUGGGAUAUCAAUUAUUAAGGAACAAAAAUGUAAGCAUAAGAAAAAAUAUUUUAGUGGAGGAGGAUCCUAUGAUGAAAAAGGGGAUGGAACAUAAAUAGGGUAGUGGAUUGAAUUAGACGAUGGGUUUUGGGAGAAAUCAUAAAUAACCUAUGUGGGAUAGUAUAAAAAUGGUAAAAAAAUUAGUAAAUGGGAAAUUUUACAUAAGGGAUCUAAAAUGUAAAUAUGAUUUGAAAAUAUUUUAUUUUAGUGGUGGUGGAUAUUACGAUGGAGAUAAUGGACUUAAGUUAGGCAAAUGGAUUGAGUUGAGGGAUGGGUUUUAUUAUAUGAGUUAAAUCGCUUAUAUCGGUGAAUAUGAAUCUGGCAAAAAAUUUGGUACUUGGGUGGAAAUGGAUUUAACUAGGAAUUAGAAAUUAAACGAAUGCAAAUAUUAUCGUUGAAAAAUAAUUAGAGUUAUAAAAAAU